GAUUUGCCUUAUUGGUGCAAGAAAGGUUUAGGAACAUUGUGUUCAUAAAUGUUACUUUAACAACAGUGAAAGUAAUACCUUCUGACUGAAAGUAUCGGCCAGGCCUGGCCGCCACCUGCCAGGUUAUCAUUUUACAAUGAAUUAUACAUGAGUGGCGCCUAAUGGGAUAAAUUGCAAGUCUUCUCCGGUGGGCGGUAUUAUCUCUUGUUUGCCUUCGGGGUUGUUGUUAUAGCAGACAUUUUUAAAAGUUGGUGACCAUGUUGCCAGCCCAGGAAGCGGCUAAGAUCUACCACACUAACUACGUGCGCAACGCCCGCGCGGUAGGCGUGCUGUGGACCGCGUUCACCAUCACCUUCGCAGUCAUCACGGUGGUGGUGUUCAUCCAACCUUACUGGAUCGGGGACAGCGUCAACACGCCCCAGGCCGGCUACUUUGGCCUGUUCCACUACUGCAUCGGCAACGCGCUCACCUCGGAGCUCACCUGUAAAGGUAGCGCCCUUGACUUCGGCUCCAUCCCGUCCGGGGCCUUCAAGACGGCCAUGUUCUUCGUGGGCAUCUCCAUGCUGCUGGUGGUGGGCAGCAUCGUGUGCUUCAGCCUCUUCUUCUUUUGCAACGCAGGCAGCGUGUACAAGAUCUGCGCCUGGAUGCAGCUGGCCUCCAGCGCUUGCAUGGUGAUCGGCUGCAUGAUUUAUCCUGACGGCUGGGACUCGGAGGAGGUGAAGCGGAUGUGCGGCCAACGGACCGACAAAUACACCCUGGGCAACUGCACGGUGCGCUGGGCUUACAUCUUGGCCAUCAUCAGCAUCAUGGACUCGCUCAUCCUUGCCUUCCUGGCCUUUAGCCUUGGCAACAGACAGGACAACCUGCUGCCCGAGGACUUCCAGGUGGAGGAGAAAGAUAACGCGUGAGCUGACAGUACUAGAGAUCACCAAAGCAAGACUUUCGGGACAAUUUAUCCAGAGAUGUUCAUCUCGUCUCCCUUGAACUGUUUGUGCUUAACUAAAUCCUACUUGGAUGUAAAGUUUGAAGUGUGUCAGAAAAGACCUAAUUCAUACCCAAAUGAGCUUUCCCCAUCGAUGUAAUAGCCCGCGGUCAUCAUCAGUGAUGAAUCAUGCAUCUUUGGGUACAAUCCAGACUCCAAACACCAGAGCCUUCAGCGAAUAAGUCUGACACACACACACUCUGUUAAAGAAAACUAACAAAUUCUGAUCAAUGUCUCAAGCAUUUGACGCAAGUGUUCAAGAGUGUCCAGUGAUUUUUUUUUCAGUAUUGUGAGUCAAGAAACAAACGGUCAAAACAGACUUUUAUAAACAUUUUAUUCUUCUUACCUACAGAAAAAAAAACUUGGCUUAAGAGGAGACAUGACAGAGAACCUAAGCAAAUUCCAUGAGGUGUGUACGUAAUGAGGUGUUUGGUGUACCGUUAUCGUUUAUUUCAGCACAGCCUACUUUCAUGCCGUUGGAAAGGACCUGAACUGAAAGAUUCCCGAAACGUGAAUGCUUAUG